CCUUCUUCCUUCGCGACAGACAGAUACCUCUGUCGUUUUGAAUGGCACGCGAAAUUUGGCGUAUCUUAACCACACAGCAGUAUGCGGACUCACGUGUGAAACGGAUUUUCCACUCGUGCGAGUUCGAUCCAUAAAAGAGCAGUGAGGCGAGAGGAGAGAGGGAGAGGUAGCUCAGCUAGUUGGCCCGACAUGGCGGGGAAUGAGUGGAUUAACGGGUACUUGGAGGCGAUACUGAACAGCGGCGGUGCGGCGGUGGCGGAGGAGCAACGUCCGGCGGCGGUGGCGGCGGAGGCGGAGGUGGGGGUGGGGGGAGCCCAUUUCAACCCGACGAGGUACUUCGUGGAGGAGGUGGUGACUGGAGUGGAUGAGACGGACCUCUAUCGGACCUGGAUCAAGGUGGUCGCCACGAGGAAUGUCAAGGAGAGGAGCUCCCGGCUCGAAAAUAUGUGCUGGAGAAUCUGGCAUCUUGCCCGCAAGAAGAAACAGAUAGAAUGGGAAGAUUUCCAAAGGUUAACAAAACGAAGGUGGGAGAGAGAACAAGGACGAAGGGAAGCCACUGAGGAAAUGUCAGAGGAAUUAUCAGAAGGAGAGAAAGGGGACGCUAUGGGGGAGAGCAUCCACUAUGAGACGCCAAAGAAGAAGUUCCAGAGUAACGUCUCUGAUAUCCACCUUUGGUCUGAAGAAAACAAGGAGAAGAAGCUUUAUCUAGUUCUCAUCAGCUUGCAUGGGCUCGUCCGUGGAGAGAACAUGGAGCUCGGACGUGAUUCUGACACCGGUGGUCAGGUGAAGUAUGUUGUAGAGCUUGCCAAAGCACUAUCGAUGAUUCCCGGAGUGUACCGAGUGGAUCUCUUCACCCGCCAGAUAGCCGCACCUGAUGUCGAUUGGAGCUAUGGGGAACCUACAGAGAUGCUAACCACUGGUUCCAGUGAUGAAGAGGGCAAUGAGCUUGGCGAGAGUGCUGGAGCAUAUAUUAUCCGCAUCCCAUUCGGUCCCAGGGACAAGUAUCUCAGGAAGGAGCUUCUCUGGCCUUAUAUUCAGGAAUUUGUGGAUGGAGCACUCGCUCACAUCAUCAACAUGUCGAGGGUAUUAGGCGAGCAGGUUGGUGGUGGGCAGCCCGUGUGGCCUUAUGUGAUCCAUGGUCACUAUGCCGAUGCCGGCGAUAGUGCCGCACUUCUCUCUGGUGCUCUUAAUGUCCCAAUGGUACUCACUGGUCAUUCGCUAGGGAGAAAUAAAUUGGAUCAGCUCCUGAAACAAGGAAGGCAAUCAAAGGACGAUAUCAAUGCUACAUACAAGAUAAUGAGGAGGAUCGAGGGCGAGGAACUGUCAUUGGAUGCUGCAGAGCUCGUGAUCACAAGCACAAAGCAAGAGAUUGAUGAACAAUGGGGAUUGUAUGACGGCUUUGAUGUCAAACUCGAAAAAGUGCUCAGAGCUCGUGCUCGGAGAGGCGUGAACUGCCAUGGACGAUAUAUGCCGAGGAUGGCUGUAAUUCCUCCAGGGAUGGACUUCAGCAAUGUGGGAGUACAAGAAGAGCAGACUGAGACUGAUGGAGAUCUUGCUGCUCUUAUAGGCUCCGAUGGUGCUUCCCCCAAGACUUUUCCGCCUAUAUGGUCCGAGAUCAUGCGGUUCUUCACAAAUCCCCACAAGCCGAUGAUCCUCGCACUCUCAAGACCUGAUCCAAAGAAGAAUAUCACUACCUUGAUAAAAGCCUUUGGGGAGUCUCGUCCACUGAGGGACCUGGCAAAUUUAACAUUGAUUAUGGGAAACAGGGAUGAUAUUGAUGAGAUGUCCUCUGGUAAUGCCAGUGUGCUCACGUUAGUCUUGAAAUUAAUUGAUAAGUAUGAUCUCUAUGGUCUUGUUGCUUACCCGAAGCACCACAACCAGACUGAUGUGCCUGAUAUUUAUCGGCUCACUGCAAAAACAAAGGGAGUUUUCAUAAAUCCAGCUCUAGUUGAACCUUUUGGCCUUACUUUAAUUGAGGCAGCUGCUCAUGGCCUUCCAAUGGUGGCGACGAAAAAUGGUGGUCCUGUUGACAUUCACCGUGCCUUGAACAAUGGGCUACUUGUCGAUCCUCACGAUGACAAGGCCAUUGCUGAUGCACUGCUGAAGCUUGUAGCUGACAAGAACCUUUGGGUUGAAUGCAGACGUAAUGGUUGGCGCAAUAUCCACUUAUUCUCAUGGCCGGAGCACUGCCGAACUUACCUCACUCGUGUCGCCGCAUGCCGUAUGCGUCACCCCCAAUGGCAGACUGACACGCCAGGUGCACCUGACGAUGAUGUUGAGGAGUCAUUAUGGGAUUCCCUUAAUGAUGUCCAUGAAUCUUCUCUCCGACUAUCGAUCGAUGAGAAGAUUUCGUUUAAUGGCUCGCCUGAGCUUGAUGAUGGCACUGAUGCCGAAUUGCCUGAUCAAGUGAAGAGAAUUAUGAGCAAGAUGAAGAAGCAAGCACACCCAGAAUCUCAGCCGAAGCCUACUGGGGCAACCUCAAGAAAUACUCUAAAUAAGUACCCACUCCUUAGGCGGCGGCGCCGAUUGUUCGUGUUUGCUCUUGACUGCUACAACGAAAAUGGCGACCCUGAAAGGAAACUGGUUCAAGUUAUUCAGGAAGUCUUUCGUGCGGUGAGGUCAGAUCACCAGUUGUCGAGGAUUUCCGGAUUUGCUAUCUCAACAGCCAUGCCACUUACAGAGACAUUGAAUCUGUUGAAAUUGGGGAAGAUAGUAGUGACGGAUUUCGACGCAAUAAUCUGCAGCAGCGGAAGCGAGGUGUACUACCCGGGGACGAUGCAGUGCAUGGAUUCCGACGGCAGAAUGCAACCAGACCAGGAUUUCGCAACACAUAUAGAUUAUCGUUGGGCUUAUGAUGGGGUGAAGAGGACUGUGGCGAAGUUAAUGAAUUCUCAAGAUGGGCAGGAGAAUCAGAAGACUGAAAUUUCUGAAAAUGUUGUUGAGGAUUUAACAGCAAGCAAUGAUCAUUGUAUAUCCUUUCAGAUCAAAGACCCAAAGAAGGCCAAACCAGUUGAUGAGCUCCGUCAGAAAGUUCGGAUGCGAGGACUUAGAUGUCAUCUAAUGUACUGCAGGAACUCAACGCGGCUGCAGGUUAUUCCUCUUCUGGCGUCUCGGUCUCAGGCUCUCAGGUAUCUAUUUGUUCGCUGGGGUCUGAGUGUAAUGAAUAUGUAUAUAUUCCUUGGUGAGCGAGGCGACACCGACCAUGAGGAGCUCAUUGCGGGCUCUCACAAGACGGUGAUCAUGAAGGGGGUUGUCGAGAGAGGUUCCGAAGAGCUGCUCAGGACGGCGAGUAGCUAUAAAAGGGAGGAUGUUGUGCCAGUGGAGAGCCCCCUUGUUGUCUAUACCAAGGAAGGCAUAAGAUCAGAGGAAAUCCUGAAGGCACUAAAAGAAGCUUCAAAGGCUGCUUCAGGAAUGUGAUGGAAGAGCUGUGGAGUUUUGUUUCUAUAGCUUUAUAGUCUCCUUGCUUCUUUGCCAGUGAGUUAUAAAAUGACUUUAUAUCAAUAAGAUAGUUAUGAUA